CUCGCGUGUAGCGCCGUGGCGGUUCGAGAACAUUCACAGAGACGAACGAGGGAGCGAGAGAGAUGGCGGCGGCGAGGGCGGGACUCCGGCGGCUCUUUUCCAUCUCCGCCAUCUCUCCUCCGCCUCUCGCCGCCGCAGCCCCGGCAUCGGAGUCGGAAUUUCGGCGGCUUUUCUCCAUCUCCGCCUUCUCUCCUCCGCUUCCAGCGGCUGCCCGCCCGGCGGCGGAGCCGUCCACCAACCUCUUCGUCUCAGGACUGAAUAAGCGAACUACAUCUGAGGGACUGUGGGAAGCUUUCUCAAAAUUUGGGCAAGUAGUCCAUGCUAGGGUUGUGACGGACCGUGUGUCUGGAUAUUCCAAAGGGUUCGGUUUUGUUAGAUAUGCCACACUGGAAGAAGCAGAAGCUGGAAUAAAAGGCAUGGAUGGCAAGUUUCUAGAUGGAUGGGUUAUUUUUGCAGAGUAUGCAAGGCCCAGACCACCCCCACCAGGACAAACACAGCUUCAGACAGCAGCAGCACCACCUCCUCAGGCAAUGGAGCCUCCUGCCGGCCACCAGUAGAUCUUGAAAACGUUCUUACUACAUAUCUGAGACAUUUUUGUUACCCUAAUUGCACAUUUCUUGUUUUAAUUGGAGAAUAACAAUAGGACCACAUGGACUCAGUAUUAGAGGUAAAAGAUGGACACUUAUUUACAUGAAUUGAUCAUAAUUUGUCAUUUAUCUUGUGCUUCAA